AUGACGCAGGCGAGCAGGGCCCCGCGCCACACUAGGUUGGAUCACACUCGAAACGACACCGUUUUAUCUCUCACAAAUACCCAGCGAUGCUACUCCGUGUGGCGUCGUGCUCACCCAAAACCUCUCUUCUUCUUCUCAUGCUCGAAAAACGGAGACUUGGCCGAGGCCCUUCGCCUCUACGAGGAGGCGAAGGCCGGCGGCGUUGAGCUCAAUCAGCAUCACUACAAUGUGUUGCUUUACUUGUGUUGUUUGAAACCUGAGGAGAGUGGAGAGAAUUUUGAUAAAGGAUUUGAGAUUUUUGAGCAAAUGGGAGUUGAUAACGUUGUUCCGAAUGAGGCAACAUUCACUAACAUUUCUAGGUUAGCAGCUUCAAAGGAGGAUCCUGAAUUGGCUUUUGGUUUAGUUAAAAGGAUGAAGGAUCACGGGAUCGCGCCCAAAUUGAGGUCGUAUGGGCCUGCGUUGUUCGGAUUCUGUAAGAAGGGGAUGGCGGAUAAGGCGUAUGAGGUGGAUUUUCAUAUGCUGGAGUGUGGGGUAGCUGCGGAGGAGGCUGAGCUCUCCGCGCUCCUGAAGGUUAGUUCUGAUGUCGAGAGAGACGGGAAAGUGUACGAAAUGAUGCAUAGGUUGAGGGCAGCGGUGAGGCAGGUGUCGGAGGAGACUGCAGCUGUGGUGGAGGAGUGGUUUGGUUCGAGAAAGGCUGGUGAAGUUGGAGCUGGGAAGUGGGAUGUCGGGGGCGUGAAGAGAGGGGUUUUGGAGGGAGGGGGCGGAUGGCAUGGCCGGGGAUGGUUGGGGGAGGGUGAUUGGAGUGUGGUGAGGACUAGGAUGAAUGAGGCUGGGGUGUGUCAAUCGUGUGGAGAGAAGCUCGUUUGCAUCGACAUUGAUCCACAGGAGACGGAGAAUUUUGCCAAGUCGCUUGCUAAAUUAGCCUCUGAGAGGGAAGUUCAGAGCAACUUUGCACAAUUUCAGGAAUGGCUUCAACGGCAUGGUCCAUUUGAUGCGGUGGUUGAUGGUGCAAACUUGGGUCUUGCUAAUCAACGCGUGUUCAAUUUCGGUCAGGUCAGGAGAGUCGUGAAUCAGCUGUGUCGAAUCAGCCCAUCGAGGAAAUUACCCCUCGUUGUUCUACACCAAGCACGAGUCAGAAGUGGUCCUGCUCAGGAAAUUAACAACAAGAGAUUGUUGGAAAGCUGGAAAAACGCUGGUGCGCUUUACGCAACACCUCAGGGUUCAAACGAUGAUUGGUAUUGGCUGUAUGCUGCUGUGAGUUCAAAGUGUUUGCUUGUGACAAAUGAUGAGAUGAGAGAUCACUUAUUCAACCUUUUAGGCAAUAGCUUCUUCCCUAGAUGGAAAGAAAAGCACCAGGUCCGUUUAAAAUACACCACUGAAGACGGGCUUACAUUGCACAUGCCACCACCAUAUUCAAUCGUUAUCCAGGAGUCGGAACGAGGCCAAUGGCACAUACCAACUGUGACUGGAGAUGAUCUUGAGGCCCCUAGACAAUGGAUUUGUACGACAAGGGCAAGACCGGACGCAUAGCUAGGUUCCAUUACCAACAUCCUUAAUUUUUUCAGCAAUAAAACCUUGCUCGUUCCUUUUUGAUAUACAAAUGUUUUCGAUAUUGUAAUUGCAUAUACAUUGUGUUA